AUGAUCAAUGUGGGAGACGCCACCUCGCGUGCCGUCUUCCGGAGGCGGCCCAGGCGCCCGGGCUCGGCCCGACCUCCGCACGGAGAGGCUGAGCGGCAACGCGACGGACCGCGGGGCCACGGCAACCCGGCCCGGCCUCUUUUUCACGGGACGACACGCGUUCGCGGCCGGGGGCGCAACCGUCGGCCCCCGCUCACAACUCGACUCCCUUCACCGCUCCGCGGACUCGGGGAACACCGCCGCGCCAACCGCGGGGCCGGCUCUCCCCGGCGACCUUACAACGCCCGAGACCGCCACGCGGCGUCUACCGCUCCACCAGCGCACCCCUGCGCGGGACCGCUCCUCCCCGUCAGAAGGAGAGCAUCUGGCAGCCACGCUCCGCCGCCGGCGCCGGAGGCGGACGCCGCCGAGACCCGAGCCGGCAUCGCGAGCGCCCGAGGCCCGCCGGUCGGCAAGACCCGGCGCCGCCACGGCCGCACUCCCGGGACCGCCGCCGCCGCUUCGCACCGUCGGGGCCCCUUCCGCGAGCACGCGCCCGGCGGCAGGUGUACGGUGCUGAGCCGGGGGGCAACACCCGCUCCCCUCGUUUCCACUCAGGGACCGGGUGGGGAAGCGCCCCCGCGGCCGCCCGCGGCACCUGCCUUCGGCCCACACGCGGCCGGGAAGGGCAACGGGGAAACGACGGGCAGGGCCCGGGCCGGGACGGCCAUCGGCGACGGCAGGCUCCUUCCGGCAAGACCAUCCCCCCAGGGGGGACACCCGCCGAGCGGCGACGCCGCCAACUCGGCACGGGGUCGCCCGCACUCGCCGGGCCUCCGGCGACGGAGGAGACAACCCAGCGCUCACCCGGUCGGGAGAGCGGCCAAGCCAGGGGCGGCCGGCGGCCGGCAGCGCCGGUGCGGUUCGAGGAGAAGGCCGUCGAGGGAAGAGGCGCGGUCGCGCCUGACGCGGCGCCGCACGCGAGCCUGCGGCGGCGGCCGAGGGGAGAGAGCGCGGCGGGGCCCGGCGGCCGCAACCCCGCAGCUCAGCACCGCGCCACCGCCCGGAACCCGCGCCGCCGCCGCCGCCGCCGCGGCGGGGCGCGCCGAGCCGCCCGAGUCUUUAAACCUCCGCCCGGCUCGGCGGCCCAUUCGACUCCCAAGAGGCGUUUGUCGACGCCGAGGGAUCUCGGGGACCGCCGAGGCUCGGAGCGCUAGGUACCUGGCCCUGGGGACCGCCGCGGCUCGGGCCGCCCCGCCGCUGCGGGGACACGGCCCGGCCCCACCGAGAACAUCGCGCGCCCCACCGAGAGGCCACGCCGACGACGGAGCGAGGGUCGCCGCCGUCACCGGCCGCGCCUCCCCGGUGGCGGGCUCGCAACCCGCGCGCCCACCCGCGAGGCGCGACCCGGAACGCCCGGAGGCCCGGCCCUUGGAGUUCCUCCGUCGCGCGAGGGGGACCGCUCGGCCAGGAGCGGGAUUUUGCCGGGCGGCAAAGCCCCCAUCCCCGGUGCGGGAAGGGCCGGAGGAGCCGCCUCCUCCGAGCCCCGAAGGCCUUCCCGCGCCCUCUCGGCCCCUCGCCGUACGCCAUCGGCCGCCGACGAGCCACGGCCGGACGGCCGGCCGUCGCCCGGCGGGCGAAGAAACGAGGGGAAGGGGCGGGUGCGCCUACGGGAGGGGCCGUGCCGAGCACCCCUCCCUCUCGCACACGGGCGGCUUCUCGCGCGCGCCAAAGGAGAGCCGGCUUCGGGAGAACUCGAGCCGCGACCGCGCGGGCGCCCGCGCGGGAGGCCAGCACCAGCGACCGGCGUUCGGCGGCGCCGGCCGCGGCGGCGAAGCUCGGGACCGGCCGUGCCCCCGCCUUGCGGCGGGGACGGACCGACAGCGGACCGGCGCGGGGAGGAGAGGUGGGUGGGUGGGUCAGCCACCACGACGGCAGCGAGCGCGCCGCGCUUCGAUGCCCGGCCGCGACGCGCGGUGUAGCGCGGGGAGAGCCCCGCCCGCACGCACGGUGACGGGCGCGCGCGGCGCUUCGCCGCGCCGAGCGCUUUUCCCUCCGCACCGGUUCCCCCCCCCCCCCUCGGAGUGCCGCGCGCCCUCGACUCUCUGGGGCGGCGCGCGCGGCGCGCGGCGGGCCCGGCAACGGCCGCCGCGCCGUCGGGAAGGGCGUGUGGCCCCCCCCCACCCGGUACCACCGGCCGAGGCCGGCGGCGAGUGCGGGAGGGCCGAGCGUUCGAACGGAGCGGGCAUGCGAGACGCCGCGCACGCGGCCGGCCGGACGGCCCGGCAGCGUGGCAGGCGCCAGCCCCACCGGUAA